UUGUCAGGACAAUCAACGGGAGGUCAAAGUGCACAACGCACCGGAAAUGAUAUUGUUUUGAUAUAAUAUGAUUUCGCGUUUUUUUCACUUCAAAUAAAAUAAAGAAAUGUCAAAAGGCAGACUUCUUUAUUGUCAAGGAAAUGUACAGUUGAAGUUAGAGGAAAGAAAUAACAAGAUUAGAGGAAAGUUUCGACAUCUGGCACGGCAAGUGUCUGGAGAAGUAUUUGAUGUGCCAGAAGAGAAUCUAAUCAUAUUUGUAUAUGACAAACAGUUUCAUGUAGGCCAACUGGCCUUCUCCUUGCCAGACUUAAGUCUGACAGAGCCAGGAGUUUCCUUUGACUCGGAAUAUUAUCCACAGCUGUCAUUCAUGUUUGUUCACCAGAACUUUCAAAGUUGUGGAUUUGGCCGACUUAUGCUUAAUCAUGCUGUGAAUAUGAUUAAGGAAAGGUGUAAAACAAGGCCUGUCAGGCUGCAAAGUGCAGAAGAGGCUGUUCUAUUCUUCGAGAAGUGUGGUUUUAAAACAGUGGGUGAUCCAAUACAUUGUUUCCAUAGUGGAUCAAGACUGUUCAAGACACUUGUGAAUAUGGAAUUAGAUAUUAAAUAAGAGGAGGGAACACAUGAUAAGCCACUUUUCCUGUGAUGAAAACCAUGCACUUCAGUUGAUAAAAUUGAAAGUUGUGAAAAUGAAGGAAGUUGCAAGGGGAAGAAGGAGAUAUUCAUGAAAGACAGACCUUGUUUGAUCUCGGAUAAUUAAUUCAUAAUUAUGUAUGGCAAAAACAGUAUUUGAAAAGGAAAAUAAAUGGUGUUUGAAGCACUUUUAAUAUGAUAAAUAAAAUCAAAAUUCUACUUAAGGUUUUACAAAAUUUAAUAUUUAGUACCAGUUUUCUAUGCUUUUUUUAUUUUUCAAUGUUAGAUGUAUGUUUUUAUAUCAAACUCUUGUAUAACUGAAGAUAUUUAGCUAUUAGGGUAGUUCUGCACGUUUGGAUCAAAUUUUUUCUACAAUGUAGAAUUCGAUUAAACUCUGAAUUUUCAAAACUUUAGAAUAUACUUAGAACAUUCAGAAAAUAAAAAAAGAGUUGUGUGCUUGAUUUUUUGCUAGACUAAUUUGAAAAAUUUGGAUCUCACACAAGUUUUCAUAUUGGGAGUCUAUUGGAAUGUCACAAUUUUCAUAACAUUUUGCAUUAAGAAAUUUUUCUACAAUGUAGUUUUUAAUGAAACAUUUGGCCUACAAUAAUGGUGAAAUAAAAUGUAUAGGCCCAUUGCUUGUUUUUGAGAUAAUUGCCCACAAUUAAAGUGUUCCGCAUAUCAAGCUGGUUUUAUGACAUUAUUUUGAAUUAUUUAACAUGUCAGAUGUUUUAAUAUCAUAUAUUAACUUAAGAAAGAUAAUUACAUUGCCAUUGUAAUAAAUUUACUUACAGGUUGCCAUUAAAUUAUAAAAUUAUUUUCAUUUCCUUAUGCCGAAUCCAGGCUUUAUUCUGCAUUAUCCAGAUAAAUGACUUUACACCAUCACUUCCAGUUUAUCAAAUGUGCAGAACUACCUUCAGCCAGCUUGAGGAGGAGCUGAACUUUAGUUUUUAUGUAACAACUACAGUACUACACAGAUUUUGUACCAGAUGUUGUUUUUUAUGCCGCCUUUGAAAAAAGGGGGUUAUAUUGUUUUGCUCCUGUAGGCCUGUCUGCGGUCUGUUGGUACACCUUGUGGCUACUGCUCUAUAGCUCUAACACUGUCAUAAGCCUAAAGUUGUCAGAUGAUAGGAAGCUUGUCAGGUCAGUAGAUCACCCAUUGUUUUGAGGAACAGUAGGUCAAAGGUCAUGGUCAGAUUGUCCUUGAGGGGAAAAACUUUGGUUUUUUAGCUCACCUGAGCCAAAGGCUCAUGGUGAGCUUUUGUGACCGCUCAAUGUCCAUCGUCCAUCGUGUUUCCUUCAACAUUUUCUAAAAAAAUCUUCUUGAAAACCACUGGGCAGAAUUACACCAAACUUCACAGGAAUGAUCCUUGGGUGGCCCUUUUUCAAAAUUGUUCAAAGAAUUGAAUUCCAUGCAAAACUCUGGUUGCCAUGGCAAUGGAAAGGAAAAUCUUUAAAAAUCUUCUUGUCCAAAACCACAGGGCCUAGGGCUUUGACAUCUGGUGUGUAGCAUCAUCUAGUGGUCCUCUACCAAGAUUUUUCAAAUUAUUCCCCUAGGGUCAAAUAUGGCCCCGCCCCGGGGGUCACAUGGUUUAUAUAGACUUAUAUAAGGGAAAACUUUUAAAAUCUUCUUGUACAAAACCACAUGGCCUAGGGCUUUGUUAUUUGGAAUGUAGCAUCAUCUAGUGGUCCUCUACCAAAAUUGUUCAAAUUGUCCCCCUAGGUUCAAAUAUGGCCCCGCCCCGGGGGUCCCAAGUUUUACAUAGACUUAUAUAGGAAAAAAAGUUUAAAAAUCUUCUUGUCUGAAACCACAAAACUUAAACCUUUGAUAUUUGGUUUUGUAGCAUUGUCUUAUGGUCCUCAAGCAAAAUUGUUCCAGUUGUACCCCUGGGGUGAAAAGAGGCCCUACCCUCGGGGUCCCAAGUUUUUAAUAUAGACUUAUAUAGGAAAAAGCUUUAAAAAUCUUCUUGUCUGAAACCAUAUGACCUAGGCUUUUGAUAUUUGGUAUGAUGCAUUGUCUGGUAGUCCUCUACCAAAAUUGUUAAAAUUAUGCCCCUGGGGUUAAAAGAGGCCCCGCCCUGGGGUCACUUAGUUAUUAUGUGAGUUAUAUAGGAAAAAGUACUUAAAAAAUCAUCUGAUCCUAUUUGCAAGACUAAUUAAUUAUAUAACCUGAUGACCCCAAGUAAUAUGAUGUCACUUGACUGUGACCUUGACCUAAUGACCAACUUUCUUGUUUUUUAAGAUACAGCCUUGAAAUUUCGAUGACAUACACAGUUUUGCAUACAAAUCGUAAAACUGAAUUUCAUUGACAAUGAAUGUGACCUACUGACUUUCUUAAUAUUUUAUCAUCAGUUUGACAUUUGAAACAUGUAGGGUCAUCAUGACCCUCUUGUUUAUCAGUUAAUGUAGAACACUUUUGCCUACAUCGGUCAAACUUCAUACUAUGAUAACCUGUGUUAAGUAGAUAACCCUAUUUUUUUAGGGGCAUAGGUCAAAAGUCAAGUUCAAAAUGAAACCUGAAAUAAGUAAUAUUCAAUUUGAUAUUUAAUGAGUCAUAUAUAUAACAUAAAGCUUAAUUUCUUCUAAUGUAUUUACAGUUUGUUUAUAUGACUAACCUCUUUCAGGGCAUACAUUUAUGAAUAACAGUCAGUUAAAAUUUUAAGAUAUGAGAAAAGUUUAAAGAAAUUUAAAUAUUUUCAGCUUCUUUUUAAAGGGCCUGCCUGCUUAGCUCAAUAGUUCUUAGCUCACUAGCUCUACGGAUCUCAAGGUCAUGAGUUUGAUCCCCAGUAGGGGGGUUUGUUCUUUGUGACAAUUCGAUAAAAGACAUUGUGUCUGAAAUCAUUCAUCCUCCACCUCUGAUUCAUGUGGGGAAGUUGGAAGUUACCUACGGAGAACAGGUUUGUACUGGUACAGAAUCCAGGAUCAGUCUGGUUAGGUUAACCCCUGCUGUCACAUAACUGAAAUACUGUUGAAAAAUGGCAUUAAACCCAAAACAAACAAACAAACAAAUCUUUUUGAAAGAUGAUGAAUCAAUACAAUACAUUUAUAGACAUAUUUUCAUCUUUAGAUAGAAAGGCAAGUCGUCAUUUUGAUAAAAAAAAUAAUUGCCUAAACACUUUGUUGAAAUCAAUUUAUGCAAGAUUGUAAAUUCAGUACCUUUGGUACAUACUUACAUACAUCUUAAUUCUUGCAAAGUAAGCUAAUGCCCCAGUGGUUCAAUUCUGUACAUAAUGAACUCUGAACCAUCAGGUGAUUAACAAUGCAAAGGCAUUGAUAAUUUUAUUCAUCUACAUGAGAUUUAAUACUGUUUUUCACUUCUUCUGUCAUGUCUUUUUGUCAGAUAUACAUUUUAUAAAAGAUGCUGCAGAAAUAGCAAAAUGUAAAUAUGUCCCUAAAUUGUACAAGUAGUGAUAAUAUUAUAAAUAUCUUUCAUAGACAGUAAGGAUAAUGUUUUUGAGGCUUUUUCCCCUUUUAUAUAUGUACCAGAUGUAGAUAUAUAAUUUUACUCAGUUUCCAGAAACAUUGACAUUUACUACAUUUUACCACCCUUUCAAACGUGCCUUCCUUUCCUAUUUUUCUUUUAUCUGUCCUUUCUUUUUUAUGCUAUGACCUUUUCAUGUAUUUGCUUCUUUUCAGAAACACUUUCUCUAUCUUUCACUAUAGCCUGUAAUAUUUCCAGUGAAUACAACAGUUCUGACAGUUUUCUCAUCCGUUCAGAUUUUAUCUAGUUAAACUGGUUAUGCUUUAAAGUUAACAAAUAUCUAAUUAUUAUGAUGUGCAGUUCAUUUUUAACUCGACUAUUUGAAGAAUAUGGAAAGCUAUACUACUCACGUCAUCAUCCGUGUUGGUUAAAGUUUUUAUGAAAUGGUAAUAUCUUGUAUAUCAUCAAAGAUAUUUACUUGAAACUUUAUUAUAACAGUCUCUACCUGUAGGCAAGAGUACAUAACUCUGUUAAGUAUUUUGGCUGAAUUAUGGCCCUUUUUGGACUUGGAAAUUGGUUCAGAUUUCGUAAAAGUACAUGUUUUGUAAAAACUAUUUGACACGUGGCUUUGAAACUUUGAACACUUGUUUAUUAUAACAGUCUCUGCCUGUAGGCAAGAGUACAUAACUCUGUCAAAUAUUUUGGCUGAAUUAUGGCCAUUUUUACAUAUUUUGGUUUUCAUAUGUCAGUCAAAAUUAACUAUUCUGCUGAUCUUCAUUUAUCAAAGCUUUUAUGGUAUUUAUUUAAUAAUAUGUAAACAAUAUAUUAGAAUGAAAUUUUAUACAUGAUAAAACUUUUGUAUAUUGGGGAGGAGCUAUGCAGCUGACUACCAAUGAAAACUACAGACUUUCGCAUGUUCACAGUAGCUGGUAGUUUUGCGACUACAAAAUUUCACGGAAACAACAAUCGCGAAUGUUGCUAACUUAAAUAGCGCAGAACCAUUUCUAGGUUUACAGUAAGCAGCAGUGAAGGUUAUGAUUAAAUUGUACAGCAAAAUAAAAAAUCUUAAUCAGCAUUGAUUCGUGGUUGUAUGUAUAUCAAAGUCUAUUUGAUCACAGUGUCAGUUUUUUGUUCCAAAACAUGUUGCUUUUCUAGUGAGUAAGAAUUUUUUAUCUAACUCUGACACCUGCAGAUGGAAAAUGGCUCUUAAUUUGUGUGUGCUAAUCGGCAAUAAAUUGACAAAUCUGAUUUGUGUAAAUAUCAAAAGUAACUGGACUGGUCAUGUCAACAAAAGACCAUGAGUUCAUUUCAGACAUGGUACUCACCAGGAAGUCAUUUUGAUGGUAAAUAAGAAAACAACACCAGAUUGUGUUCAUUAUAUAGAGGUGUGUUCAGAUGAAACACCAAAUUGUGUUCAUUAUAUAGAGUUGUGUUCAGAUGAAACACCAAAUUGUGUUCAUUAUAUAGAGGUGUGUUCAAAUGAAACGUUUACAUUUUGUUAUAUAUUUUUCUUUAUUUUCGUUGUUAUUUGUAUACAUAAAAACAAUUUUGUAUAUAUCAGGAAGUUGCCACCAUGUUUAAUUGUAUAUUAUAAAUUUAAAAUUAAAGAAGUACUUCA